GCCUAGCGAAAUCUUGACAAAGGGUUUCUACUUUUUCUUCUGUACACUAAACAUAGUCCGUCUCAAAGACCCCAUUACCGUCAUAGUUGAAAAGUCACAAUGCCUCGCACCACCAACAACCCGGUCGAUGACCCUCGCAUCACCCUUCGCCUCAAAUGCGGUAUCCAUACAAUCUUCCUCUUCGUUAUGCUAGAUUGGACCUUUGCCAAGGUGUCCGAAGAGCUACUCAUGAUCCUCCAUGACCGCUACCCCAACGGUCUUACAUUCAGCGUCGAUGCCGAACCGGUCCCUCUCCCCGAAGGCGAUGUCAAAAUCGUUUAUGGAAUCCCUAGACACCCUAAUGGGGAUUUAAGCCACGGGUGGAAGAAGCUCAAGGUGGAAGACGAGGACACGGUAGAAUCAUCCAAGCUUGCGGAUGUAAGCGCUGUGGCCUUUGCGCUGGUUGAUCCUGAGUCGGAGGGCAAUGUGCCGUUUGAUGUCACUGUUCCGCGGUUGGACGACUAUGAUGAAGAGUACUGAAUUAUGGGAGGGAACAUAACGGCGUUUGCGCGGCGCAUUGGUUUAGAUUCAGGCUGCAUGGCGGCAAGGUCGGCGUUCGGGUUGAAGAUAUUGAACAGAAAUGAAAAGGCGCUUUGGUUAUGGG